AUGGACAGCGAACUAGACGCGGCAGUACGUGCGACAGAUACGGACGCUGCGCAAGCUAGACUUUCUGCUGUGAACAAAGGGUACUUGUCCGACGAUGUCUUUAUUCAGUUCUUCAUUCCUCGUUCGCGUUACUUGCCACCGCGGCCGCCUCUGAUCAAUGUUGGGACGUUCAUUCGCGCAACCGCUAUUGACAUGCUUGUCGACAAAUGGAUCCAACUAUUUGGGAGAGUGCAGGUCGUAUCCCUAGGGGCUGGAAGUGAUACACGGUUCUGGAGACUAUCGACGGCAGGGAAGUCGAAGUCAUUAGAACACUAUGUAGAAAUCGAUUUUCCAGAGAACACGGCACGGAAAGCGCACUCCAUUCGUAAGAAUGACGCGUUAAACCGGCACCUGGAGGAUAUCACGAUAGAUCAAGGCGGUACGGCUCUCCGCUCUACUCAAUACAGCCUCAUUCCUCUUGAUCUCCGAAACCCGCCCUCGAUCAUUCUUGCCCCUUUAAUCAGUUCCGGGCUGUUGAAGCGAUCUAUACCAACACUUUUCCUGUCGGAAUGCGUUUUUGUGUAUAUGCCACCUGCAGCAUCUGACGCUCUGGUGCGCUGGUUUGGAGAAAAUUUUGAGAUAGUUGGGGGUACCUUGUAUGAGAUGUUUGGAUUAACUGACGAAUUUGGGAAAGUCAUGCGAGCAAAUCUUAUGGUCACUUCUGGUGUAGAUGCAUACCAAACAUUGGAAGCGCAAAGUGCAAGAUACUUGCAACAUGAUUAUACCCAUGCGACGUCGAUUACCCUCAAGACGGUGAGAAGGCACUAUAUCCCCUCGGCUGAGUUACAGCGGAUUGCCUUCCUGGAAAUGCUAGACGAGAUCGAGGAGCUUGAUCUUGUUCUGGAUCACUAUGUGCUAUCCUGGGGAGUCAAAGUUGCGCCGGGUUCAGAUGAUGAAGUGGUGCGGCACGCCGUAAGUUGGGGUAUAGAUCGCGUGGAUGACCCCGCCAACGAUAAAGACGAGCUUGAAGAAGGGGAAAUCCAACAAGAUGCAUGAACGGUUGAAACUCAGCCAGCUUUUGUGGCCUGCAUCCAUGAACUUCGCGAUCGGAGCCCCUGCGAACUGUAUUGUAUUUUGUAACUGACGAUCUUCAUGAUCUUAUACCUUGUAUGUACCCAUGUAUCAUAAUAUUGAUGGAACAUAGAUCACGAGCGUUUCAGGG